UCCACUUUGUAUACUGCAUUCGCUUCUGCGUACUAACGACAACAUUGUGAAGUUCAUUUUGGGGUUUGGCGUCGACCAACAAUAAUCAGUGUACGGUCUAGACAGCAUUGAGUUUAUUCUGCUGAGAGACUCAGUCUGUAUGUAUUGAUCGACUUAUAUUGUGUACUUGAUUUCCGACCACUGCGGUCGACUCACAUUGCAUACUAUCGUAUUUUCCAGCUUGCUCCUCCACCGUUUGAGUUGUGCUCAUAGGCUGACCCUGACAUACCAUUUAGGAUUGCACUCAACCCACAUUGCUGCUCAUCAUACAAGGUGUUCCUGGCGGGUUGUAAUGGUGCCUCCUCGCACAAGGCUGAGCCUCUCCAAGGAGAGGUUUCCGGCUUUUCUGACCAACCUCAAGAGCCAGCCGUACCACGAUCCCAGCUCAAGCUCUAGAGGGCACACGCUACGAUCGAUAGCCUGGAACCCAUUGGGAACUUUGGUCGCGACAGGCUCCUCAGACAAAACGCUACGCGUCUGGAAUCCGGAGAAGCCAAACGUACGGUUUUCAACUGAGCUAAAAGGACACUCCGCUGCCAUUGAAAAGGUUGCAUUCAACCCAGUCAAGGAUGCUGAGUUGUGCAGUGUAAGCAACGACGGAGUCGUUAAAUUCUGGGACGUUCGGUCCAAGACUUGCAUCAACGAGAUAAGGGGCUUGGGAGAUGCCUUCACUCUAGUAUGGGCGCCCGACGGACAGUCUCUAGUCGUUGGAAACAAGACGGAUAACAUCUUCGUGCUGUCACCAACACAGUCUACGCCGAUAUCGUCGCAUCAGCAGCCCAGUCAGACCAACCAAAUUGCUUUUGACUGGGCCGGCGCUACGAUCUUCUUGACAACCGGCGAGGGAAGAACACGGAUCUUGACAUAUCCCGAUUUCAAGCCUGCCUUCCAGUUCAACCAUGGUGAUGAGUCAAAGGAGUUUGCCCUCAACGGGCACACGUCUUCCUGCUUGACAGCCGAGCUACAACCCACAGGACGUUAUCUUGCCACGGGAGGUUCGGAUUCCAUAAUUUCUCUGUGGGACACGACAGACUGGAUUUGCCAGCGAACCAUAACCAGCAUGAUCGGCCCAGUACGGUCUAUCAGCUUCACCUUUGAUGGCAACUUCUUGGUCGGAGGCAGCGAUGAAGGCUCUGGACUGGAUAUUCGACAUGCAGAGUCAGGAGACCACGUCCACACCUUUAAGACAGCUGGUCCUUGCCCGGUUGUGGCCUGGGCGCCAACGAAAUAUUGUCUGGCAUACAGUGAUCUUGGCGUUCUUCGCAUCGUCGGGGUGGAUGCAGAGAAGAAGUGACGAGACACAAUGUCACCAUUACGAAGAGGUGGACUGCUCUGCUACGUCCCAGGAAUAGCCCUUUCAGCCCCGACUAAAUAGAUUCUUUAGUCCCAUAGGUAGGAAUAGAGGCUCGAAAAUUUCUUCUCGAAAAGGAAAAUACAGGCUCCGGCGUUAUGUCUACUAAUUUUGGAAGCUGUGUAGUUGUAUGUCGACUUUACAAUGACACCUCAGGCGUAGGGUUGAGGGAGAGUAGCUUGAGCUGCAAGAUCGGAAGACCGAGAAGCUGAACUACUUGUUGCCGGAGUCAGAU